CUGAUGUCAUCGUUGAAUGUUAUCAGUAUAAUUUUGUUUUUGUAUAUUGUGUUUUAACUAAUUAUUCUCCACAGGGCUAGAAAUAUUUUUUACUCUUCCGCUUUUUCUGUCAAAGUUAAGAUUUACAGAAGAAUUAUUCUACAUUUCGAUUCAUUACUGUAGCCAAUAAGCGAAUAAUACUUUAUUUUCGUCUUUGACAUGUCAUCAAUGGAAAAUCAUUUAUUUAAUUUGAAGUUUGCUGUCAAAGAACUGGAAAGAAACUCAAAGAAAUGCGAAAAAGAAGAAAAGGCUGAAAAAUUAAAAACAAAGAAAGCUAUACAAAAGGGCAAUAUGGAGGUUGCUCGUAUUCAUGCUGAAAAUGCUAUAAGACAAAAAAGCCAGUCGCUUAAUUAUUUACGUAUGAGUGCUAGAGUGGAUGCAGUUGCAUCAAGAGUUCAAGGUGCUCUUACUACAAGAAAGGUAACUCAAAGUAUGGGAGGUGUAGUAAAAGCAAUGGAUGCUGCAAUGAAGUCUAUGAAUCUGGAAAAAAUAUCAUCUUUAAUGGAUAAAUUUGAGAAUCAAUUUGAAGAUUUGGAUGUGCAAAGUUCUUAUAUGGAUAAUACUAUGUCUCAGAGUACAACCACAGCUGUACCUCAAGGUGAUGUUGAAAAUUUGUUGCAACAAGUAGCUGAUGAAGCCGGUUUGGAAUUGAAAUUAGAACUACCUACCAAUCCUCAAAGUCUCAGUUCUCUGUCUUCUACUACGACAGAACAAGAUGAGCUUACACAGCGCUUAGCUCGUCUUAGACAAGCUGAAUAAAAGAGAAAAAUACCCGGACAAAUUAUUAUUAUGCUAGUUCUAAUUUUAACACUUUUAUUGGUGAUUUUAAAA